UUCAAGUCUGGUGUGAGUGCAGUGCAACUAUAUACGGUACAUGUCUCGGAUUCGCAUCCUGUGGAGGACGGCUAUGAUGAGGAAUACUGCGGAUUGGUGAAACAGGAACAGAAACCUUUAAAGAUGAAUCCCACCAGAACAAGCUUAUGGUUUUAAUUUUUUUUAAAUACUCUUAAAAGUUCAUGAUCAUAGUUGCGCUCUCGUCAACAGUGGCAAAAACAUUUUUGUCUUUUCUUGGAUAUAACAAUAAAUGCUAAAACAAAUUGAUGGAAAAUAACUUAUGUGAAAGGAAGAGAAAUCACAGGCUUUUUCCGCGGGAGGAGGACAACAGGCAGGUUGGCAAAUCACAGCUUAUCAGAUAUCUUCCAGCCUCCGAGUGCGCUCCAUUCUCUGUUGCGCGCCUUGAGGUCCACAAAAUGGAGAAUAAAACAAACGGGAAGAUGGGCACCGACGGCACUUCGGUCGCGGAUUCAACUGAAACAAGUGACGUGAUUGAAGCCGGACACAGUAAGUCGAAUACGAAAUUACCGGCCGAUUCACGGUCUCUAAAUUGCAUGCCCUCUGUGCGUAAUUUUGGGAACGUGGGCACACUGAUCCACGGUCUUAAUUCAAGCCCCGAAUGCGCAGUUUUUAAGGACUGCAACAUAUUCGAUGCUUCAUUUGCUGCAAAAAAUUUUUAUGACCGCAACAGAGAAUACCUGAAGUUUGACGCUGUUCCGUGGGAAGAUUUUGUUAAAGUUCAGAGGACAAACGCGGCCACAUCCGAAAGUUUACCAGGCACGAGUCUCUCCUCCACGGCGGGGGCUUGUAAGUUCAUCAAAGAUGAAAAGGAGCCUUCUGUGAUCAUGGACACCCCCUGUCCAAACUUCGAUCCAUCAGCUGAGAUUUCUGCUCUCGACACCUGUUCUGACACCGACAGGAAGCAGCACCUGGGGCUUAACGAGGGUGAAUCGGCAAGUUUCUCAUCAGCCGCUGCCGUUUCCCGACCGGGACUGGAGGUCUCUCCAAACUUUAUCAUCGACUUGAACCAGUCAGACCAGCUUGUGAGCCCACUCAGGACUGACUCCAGAUGCGGUUUGUCGGGGAAGGCUGCCGUCAACUUUGAUGCCAACGCGCAAACAGCCGCGCAACUUUCGAUGUAUAAGACUGAUGUUCCUCGUUGGCAGAUGCAAGCGGCUCCAGCUGAGACCCAGUACUGGGGACAGUCGGCGGGGGUAAGCGAGGACCCGUUCACAAGUAGCGGCUACAUUGGGAUGCAGAACCAGAGCCAGACUCUUCCUCAGAGGAACCCGGCUCCUUUCUCCGCAUUCCCCGGUAUGCCACCUCAGAGACUCUGUGUGAUCUGUAGCGAUGAGGCAUCUGGUUGCCACUAUGGAGUCUUAACGUGUGGGAGCUGUAAAGUAUUUUUUAAAAGAGCAGUUGAAGGCCAUCACAGCUAUCUCUGUGCUGGACGGAAUGACUGCAUUGUGGACAAAAUUCGGAGAAAAAAUUGCCCCGCGUGUCGCCUCCGAAAGUGCUAUCAAGCAGGAAUGAUGCUUGGAGGCAGGAAACUGAAGCGUUUUGGGGCCUUGAAAGACACAGGUUUGGCCCCAUCCUUGAUGUUCCGGUCCCACUUGACCAUGCCCAGUGACAGUCAGGCCUUGACUCCCAUGUCUUACAUGCCGGGCAUUCAUGAGAUACAGCUCUCCCAACAAAUGAUGAGCAUCCUUGAAAACAUUGAACCAGAGAUUGUGUAUUCUGGUUAUGACAACUCCCAGCCUGAUGUUCCACAUCUUCUGCUCACCAGUCUCAACAGGCUGUGCGAGAAACAGCUCAUGUGGAUCGUCAAGUGGUCCAAGUCUCUGCCAGGUUUUCGUAAUCUACACAUCAAUGACCAGAUGACACUCAUCCAGUACUCGUGGAUGAACCUGAUGGUGUUCUCUCUUGGCUGGCGCUCCUUUCAGAAUGUCACCAGUGAAUAUUUAUACUUCGCACCUGAUCUGAUCCUUAGUCAGGAGCAAAUGAGGAGAUCUCCAAUUUACGACCUCUGCCUGGCGAUACAGUUUAUUCCUCAGGAGUUUGCAAAUCUUCAAGUUACGCGUGAAGAGUUUCUUUGCAUGAAAGCCAUAAUAUUGCUCAACACAGUGCCUCUUGAAGGACUAAAAAGUCAGGCAGCUUUUGAUGAAAUGAGACAAAACUACAUCCGGGAGCUGACCAAGGCUAUUCACAUGAAGGAGAAGGGCAUAGUGGCAAGUUCCCAACGAUUCUACCAUCUCACCAAACUCAUGGACGCCAUUCACGAUAUAGUGAAGAAGGUCAACCUGUUCUGCUUGAGUACCUUCAUCCAGGCAGAUGCCAUGAAAGUGGAGUUUCCAGAGAUGAUGUCAGAGGUCAUUGCCUCCCAGCUUCCCAAGGUCCUGGCAGGCAUGGUGAGGCCGCUCUUAUUCCACAGCAAAUGAUACGGCCAGCACAGGAACCGCAGCUCUCUGAAGACAGCUGGAUUACUCAUCCCACUGUUACUGGAUUCUUCACGGCAACUUCAUUAAUUCUAAUUUGCCCAAUUUGCCCAAUUUGCCUCUGAUUCUCUUGAGAUGAAAGAGGAUGACCAUGUUUUUUAAAAUGUUGUUAGCAGAGACAUAUCUUGAAUAUUCUAAAUUUAGAGGGAUCAAUCAAUAAAAUUCCUAUCUUUUAUUCAGGUGUAUCCACCAUUUCCUUUGUGUAUAAAGGUUGCUUAGUAGCUGAUACAUGGUAGGUUUUGAAAACCAGGAGAGAUGGUCAUAUUUUCAUACACAUGCAAAAAAUAAACACACACACACACACACACCAGCAACAAAAAACCAAACUUUCUAACAUCUGUUGAGUAAAAAUGCAGAAUAAAUUCUGAUUUAAAUCAAUAGAAUUCAUUCAGGCUAGCAGCACAGUGACUCACUGUUACGAUAUUCAGGCCAUUCAAGACAAAAACCACAUUUCCUCCUGAGUUAUUACACCUUCCCAGUUCUUCAGCCAGGAAAUGGACAAACG